AUGGGAACUCCAAAACGAUACUGGGCCACCGUGCAGGUGCCUACUGCCUUCUUGAAGACUCUUCCCGAGUUUGCGCCACCAGUGACGAAAAGCAAGGCAAAAAAGCCCAGUGAUGCGUCCGCUACUUCUUCGACGUCCACCACACCCAAGUCAAAAGCUAAAGGUAAGGUGACGAAGACAGACUCAUCGCCAACGCCAGAGACCGUGGGUGCCAUUAGCAACUUCAAAAUCAACUCGGGAUUGAAAGAAUCGUCCACAUCAGGCUUGACCAUGAACAGCAUAACAAGUGCAUACACCUUGGACAAGUCGGGUGCUCCCUGCAAAAAAUGGGUAAAGAAACCCCAUCAGUUCAAAACCUUCAGUGGAUUCAAGGUGAAAUACAUUGGCUAUGGCCACGCCGAGGAGGGACAUCCAGAACCGGAAGCCAACAAGGUCAAAGAGGAACCGGCAAAAUCGGUGUCGCUGACUCCCGAUAUACGUUCUGAGGCGUAG